AGCUUGUGAGCCCCUGUGGAUAGCGAUAGACACUGUUUCUGCGUCGCGACAGAGGCAAACUGAACUCAAAGAUCUGACGCCGGGAAUUCCCAUUCCCCGGACGUGGAAGGAAGAGCUGAACAACCCUGGUCGAGCGCAUGACACCACCGGCGUAAGAUAGCAAGCACUGGAUCUUCUCUCCCGAUCUGAAGCAGCAGAAGAAGAAGAGUGAGAGAGAGAAGGGGCAAAAUGGGCAUUGGAAGUUUCAGAGGGUGGCGUCCGUUCGUCUUUUCUCUCCCUCUCCUCAUCUCCCUUCCCAUUCUCUUCUCAGUCUCGGAGUUGCAUCGAAAGUCCAAUCCAGUGCAAGAUCUGAGCAGAAAACACACCAAGAAAUUCGAUCAUCUCGUGCUGGGCCCCGCCGCAGGCCAAGGCCUGUGCGAUCGCCUUCAAUGCCGUGGCCUUAAAGCUCUAAAUAGGACACAUUCUUCCCCCACAUCUCGCAUCCUUAAUUCCAGCGAUAGCAUUUCUCGUCACUGUCUUUGCUAUAUACAACAGUUCUCUGACUGCACGCAGGGAUGACAAAAUAUAUGAUAUAGUAACGGUUGGGAACGCUUCAUAUGGUAAAGUAGAGAGAUCGAUGGCUAUUCUUGAUACUUUCAUUAAUUUUAUACAGUUACAUUUCAAAAAAUAUGAGGUUCCAUGCAUUAGAUAAACACGGCAUACUUUUGGGUCCUGUUGACUUGUAACAUAUUUCUUCCAUAGUAGCUAUUGUAAUGCCUCUGCCAAAUUGAGUAGCUUUCUCCGUAAUUUUGUUUGUGAUCCCAAUAGUUAAGUACAAGGUUUAAUAUCAUGUAAUCUCAGCUCCAUUUUCAGCACUUUGGUCAUGUUAUUCUUGCAUGG